AGUCUGCAGUAAAAACCCGAAGCCCCGUCAAAAGCCAGCAACAUUGGCACAAAAUUUCAUCAUCAUUUCCUCCUGAUCCCCAGACAAAAGGUCUUCGAUUUGCGUUGUUAAUCAUUGUCCCGCAGUCACGGUCAUUCAUCUACUUAUACUUGCUCGAUAAUAAGCUACCGUCGGUGGAGGUUUCAGCUAUGUUGGGACAACUGAAGGAGGAAUGGGAGAAAUUUAUAAUCGACUCGCUUAGUUGUCAAAAAUAUCUGAAGGACUUUGCCAACCUCAAAACCGAUGCAGAACGCUUCAGAUUUUGCAGGAGACUUUUAAGAUCUGAUACGAUUGCACAAGGCUUCAUUGCAAAAGUGCAUGAACUUCUCGCUAAUAAGUCUUCCUGCAAGUCAAAAGAGCUAUCACUUCGGUGGUGUCUUGCUGGGGACCUGGCAUUCACUAAGAGUCAAUUCCACAGAGCUCUGUCGUAUUACUCACAGGCUAUACAGUACUUUCCCCAUCAAACUGGUGACCAGCAGUCUACUCUACAGAUAUGCCUGCCUUCAAUUCUUUCAAAGAGGGCAGAGGUUCUCUUUCUGGUAGGGGAGUAUGAGGCUUCUUUGAACGACAUAGCUGAGGCAUCUUCUCUUCAGUACAACCAUGUAAUAAGAGACAAGCUAUUGAAACUUCAGAAAUCUUGUCUCCGUAAACAAGCUCGCCACAGCCAAAAUAAGAAUGGUUCCAGUGGUUCUGCAUGCUUGUCUGGGGGUCGACACCCAAAGAUGGCCAAUGGCUCCAGCUUGUUAAAGAUCAACUAUGACCAGAACCAGGGCAGAUUCUUGCAGGCAUCAAGUGAAAUUCGAGCUGGUGACACACUAAUUGCAGAGGAGCCAUACUCUGCUGUUUUACUGCCAGAAAAUGCAAAGACCCACUGUGAGUGCUGUUAUAAAUCCCUGGUAGCUCCUGUGCCGUGUAACCACUGUUCAUCAGUGUUAUACUGCUCAGCUGCUUGCCGCAACAAGGCGUGGUCUCAGUACCAUCAUGUUGAGUGUGAAAUCUUUCCUGUCUUGGAAAUAGUUGACACAUUCACUCACUUGUCACUGAGAAUCUUAUUAACCACGAGUGCCAAAGACAUCAUAGAUGUUCUGAACGGACUUUCACGUGAUGUUGCCACAACUUCCUGUUCUCUUCCUGGCUGUACUGUUAGUGGAUCAUACCCUGGCGACUAUGGCUCUGUGUUUUCCCUGGUUACAAACUCGGACCUCCAACCUAUCAAAGCAUUGAUGUCCUAUGCAAUGAACUCUGCGUUCCUGGUGGAAUUUCUUGAAAAUGGAACCUCCAGUGCUUGUAUUCAUUGCUCACAAAUCAAAUCAGAUAAAACUAAAGUACAAACAGAACUGGACUCCGAUGAUGACAGUGAUUGCUCAGAAGUUUACAAUGCUUGUGAGGAACAAAGGACACAAAAUGGAAAUUUUGAACAGGACAGGACCUUAUGUAGCAGGAACACACCCUAUAGUAGGCAAGCUUACACAUCUUUGGGUAUCACCACAGAGGAAUUCUGUGGAAAGGAUGGUUUGAGUAGUGAUGUUGUUGGUGCCUUACUGGUCCACCAUUUACAACAAAUGCCAUGCAACGUCCAUGCCAUAACAGCAAUAGUCUCAACAAGUAGCAGCGACGAGGAGGAUGAAGAAAUGGGUGGCAGCCAUGAUCAAGUUGUGUCCCGGGAGCAGCGGAGGAUAGCUAGUGCUAUAUACCCUACAGCAUCUUUACUCAACCACGCUUGUGAUCCAGAUGUCCUUGUCAGCUUUGUUGAUGGGGUGCUAGUGGUGAGAGCUACCCAUAACAUAGCCCCUGGCUCUGGGAUAACCCACUGUUAUGGGCCCCACGUAAACCACAUGCCGCGUGAAGAGAGACAGAAGCUCCUGUACAAGCAGUAUUUCUUCACCUGUCAAUGUUCUGCUUGCACUAGUGAUGAAGAGAUGGAAAACACCAGACUGUGUUUCUCGGCGUUUGCCUGCCCCAGGUGCAAGUGCCCAAUGAAGCCAUCACCUCUUGAACCCUCCCUCGCGCGUUGUCAAAACAAAAAAUGCACUCUAGAGAAAAGCAUAGAGGAAGAAUUGAGCCGCUCCCGCCAAGCAGAGCUGCUGUUCUUCAAAGCUGUGCGAACUAUGGAGAGAAUCGGAGUCCAGGAAGCGCUUGGGCUUUUCCAGGAAUGCUUGCGCACCAGGACACAAAUACUGCACCCACACCACAAGGACUUGGCGGAGACACACGACGCACUGGCAAGAUGUUACGCUAUGAUCGGCGAUUUCAAACUAGCGUCGCAGCAUUGCUUGCAAAGCUCCGAGGCCGUCGAGAAAGCAUUCGGCUCCACAAGCGUCGAAUACGCUCACGAACUCCACAAACUAUCUCAGCUUCUCUUCAACGAUAGGCAAGCCAAGAAAGCUCUGCCGAUGAUUGACAAGGCUGCCAGUCUCCUGGCAACCUACUACGGCCGUAAUCACCCGGAUGUGCAGGAACUCGUUGAGAUGAAGGCGUGUCUAACGUCAAAUGGCUCUGUUCACAUCAAUUAUUGACAAAGCUGGUAGUCUCCUAGCAACCUGCUACGGUCUAAACCGUCUGGACAUGAGCUGUGUUCAGCAUUGUUCAGUCUAAGCAAUGAGAGUUAAAAGCGAGGUGUCAUUUGAAGAUUGUAACCAUGUCGAAUGGUUUACCAAGUUAAUCAAGCAAGUUCAGCUAUGACUGCUUGGUAUUGGUAUUGUUCGUAUGAAAAAAUAAGCAUAAGGAGUGAAGUUUGUAGAGUAUACUAUAGCAAAGAAGAUAUUAUAUAGUAUACAAUGUUAAGAUUAUAUUUGUAGCUUUCUGUACAGUAGCAAUAUUUUCUCAAAGUGAGAACUUAGCUAAUUAUCCCGUUACGAGGGAAUAAAAAUCGUCUAAUAA